AGAUGUUCUUCAAUCUACGUACAUCUUCUGGCAAGUAAAUAAGUUCGGGCGAUCUAUGUAUCGGCACAGUUUCGUGCCGGCAUUUGCGCAAUAGGCCGCAACUCCGCGCGUUCUAUGACUAACUAUAAGAAUGGUGUUCGCUAAAGUGCUUAUUACUGUAUCCAUAAUAACAAUAUUGUCAAGAAAUGUAAGUGGAGUCGAUAAAUAUACUGAUGAAAACAGACCCUACGAGUUUGGUUUCACCAUAGAUGGUGAACAGCAUCGGCAUGAGAAAAAAGAUGAAAACGGGAUAAUAAUGGGAGAGUUUGGAUUCAUCACGGCAGAUGGAGUAUACCACGUGACAGUCUAUGCAACCGACGAAAAUGGCGGCUUCAGAAUAUUGUCUAUGAAAAAUAUACGCGUUAAGCCAUAUCCUGGAACUGCUUCUCAAAAUUCACGGACUGGUCAUUCGUUGGAUCUAACAAGCACUCCAAAAACUCCAUCACGUCCAGUUGAAACAAAUGCAGCUCCUUACAAAGAUACGCCGCUAUUAAGAACGUCGCUUACUUCAUCAAUUGAAAGCAAUAACCAACCAAACAUUGAAGAAUCAAAAAUCGAAAACAGUCCAAAGCCAUCAUUGCAAAUAGUAAAACAGCCAGCUGCACCUAUACAGGCCUGCUCUCAUUGUAGUUUACCUACAACUACUACAGUUGCACCAAGAAUUGAUCCACAAACUAUUAAUCAACAAAAUCCAUAUAACUCUCAAGUUAAUCAAGAAGGGAAAAUAAACAACAGUCCAGUUGAAAAGAAAUAUAAUAUGUUUACGAAUCAAGGCACGCAAAACUACCAACCACAAUCAGCUCAAGAACCGCAGACAAAACUCCUAAAUAGCUACCAAGGAAGCUCUCAAGCGACACCUGAAGUUUCAAAUCAAGGUCUAAAUAGAAGAUUAGAAUUACCACAACAACCACUAACUCCCCCAAAUAACCCAGGUCAACAAAACUACAAUAAUAAUCAAGGAACAUCCUACGAAAAUGCACAAAAUGAUAACAGGUCGCAACAAAAUAUUGGAUCAAAUAACAAUUAUGAUAAUACAGACCAAGUUUCAAAUGAUCCAUCAAUUAAUCUCCUUCGAUCUGGAUUUAAUAAUCAAAAUCCGGAAAUAAGUAUUCCAAAUAGAGAAAUUGACCUUCCUCUUGGUAAUUCAUAUGAGGGUAAUCCACAAAUACCACAGAAUUACGCACCAAGUCAAAGUGUCUCAAACUCACCAAGUCAAUCAAGUGAGCGUAGCCCGAAGAGUUACGAACCAAGUAUAGGAGUUCCUCAAAAUACUGUAGGAGUACCUAAAAGCACUGUAGGAGGUGUAAAUCUAAAUGAAUACGAUACAACAAACUUGGAGCCUCCAAAAUCGCCUAAACUACUAUCAGCUCAAAUGCAAAUAGUUGAUAAAAACACGGAUAUUUAUCACAAAAAUCCUGGUGAGAAAGAUGGACUCCCAGAAGGUGUUACAAAAGAUUAUAUGAUGGGGGUGUUAUACGUUUUCAACUACACGGUUGGUUUCCAUGGACACUAUGAAAAGGGAUUUGCAGACGGUUCAAAGGAAGGAUACUAUUACGUGACGGGUAGAAACGGAGUCAGAACUCGAGUAGAUUACGAAGCUGAUGAAAAAGGUUUCCGGCCUAAGAUUACUGAAGAGGUGCUUGAUUUAAUUUCUGAUGAAGUACCAAAACCUGAGACGGAGAAAGAACCACAGUACGGGCUUAAAAGCUAUGAAUUCAAAUGGCUUUAUUUCCCAGUAGGCUCAAAACAAAGAUAAAAACGUCUGAAGACUGACCUUGUUACACUGUGUUCUUUAGUUUGUAUAAAAGUAAAUAAAAUCACUGCCAUAAAUUAAAUUAAAAUAACUAAUAUAAUCCCAUAUGAAUAAGAUAUUAAUGUCAAUUAUAUAAGAGUUUAUUAACUACCACACGACUUUACUGGAAACAAAAUAAUACUACACAUUACAUAAUAAUUUAUUUUAAUCAAAACCUGGCCGUAGAAUAAUUUUUAAUAAAUACGAAUCUGGACCGUUUUAAUGACUCUUGUUUAUUGUAAUCUGAAUUGUUCUCAUUUUUUAGAGUGCAAAAUUGUACGCCUAUUUAUUAUACAACGCAAUUGUUACUUACUAGUUUCUGCUGUUUAUAAAUUGUAGGCUUUAAUUUAAUUAAAUUCACGAAUAGAAGAUAAUAUCUAACUUAUAUACUGUAGUAUAUUAUUAGGUGAUAGAAACAAUUAUCAAAUAAAACCAUUUCUGUAUGUUUUUGACUAAA